GUUGCUCCCUGCUAUAGGUUUUAUAUUUGUCGGGACUAAAUUUGGGCACACGUCACUUCUGCUUCGACAGCUCGAAGCAUAUUCCUCACUCCUCCGGCGCCUUUCCGGCGGGAUCUCCGAUCAGCUAUGCAACCCACUGGAGUGAAAGACACCCAACUCCGUGAUAGCAAUAGCCAGAAGGUUCACCCUCAACCCAUGGAAGAGGCCAAAAAGCAGAAUCCAGAAGCAGUUGAAGCUCUGAUUUUAAAGAUUUUCACGAACGUCUCCUCCCUAAAGUCAGCCUACAUCCAGCUCCAGGAGGCUCAUACUCCCUACAACCCUGAUAAAAUUCAAGCUGCUGAUAAAGUUGUAAUUUCGGAGUUGAAGAAUCUGUCUGAACUCAAGCAUUUUUACAGGGAUCACAACCCCAAGCCUGUAUGUGUUCCUCCUCAAGAUUCACGCUUAGCUGCAGAGAUCCAAGAACAGCAGAACCUGUUGAAAACGUAUGAGGUCAUGGUGAAAAAAUUUCAGUCUGAAAUUCAGAAUAAAGACUCUGAGGUUCUUCAGUUACAACAGCAAAUCCAGGAGGCAAAUCAGAAGCGGGUUAAACUGGAGAAAAACCUCAAACUCAGGGGCUUGUCCGCCAAAGAAUCAGAAGGCUCCGGAGAUGAAAAUGGAUUUGUCCCCAUGGAUCUGACUCCUGAUCUUUUUAAGGCAGCUGUGGAAGCUGCUUCCAGAGCCAUUCAUGAUUUUUCUAAGCCAUUGAUCAACAUGAUGAAAGCUGCUGGUUGGGAUCUUGAUGCAGCUGCAAACUCCAUAGAAACCGACAUUGUUUAUGCAAAGAGAGCUCACAAAAAAUACGCAUUUGAAUCACAUAUUUGCCAAAGAAUGUUCAGUGGUUUUCAGGAAGAAAGCUUCUCCGUGAGACCCGAGAAUCUUUUGGUUACCAAAGAGAGUUCCUUCCAACAAUAUCUCGCACUAAGGGAAAUGGAUCCCCUAGAUUCGGUAGGCCAAAAUUCAGAUUCCUUUUUUGGGAAAUUUUGCCUGAGCAAAUACCUAGUUGUUGUUCACCCAAAGAUGGAGGCUUCUUUUUUUGGAAAUUUAGAUCAGCGAAACUAUGUAAUGGGUGGUGGGCAUCCUAGGACACCUUUCUAUCAGGCUUUUCUGAAACUUGCCAAGUCAAUCUGGCUUCUGCACAGGUUAGCUCAUUCUUUUGAUCCUGCAGUUAAGGUUUUUCAGGUCCAGAGGGGAACUGAGUUUUCGGAGGUUUAUAUGGAAAGUGUAGUUGACAAUGUUGUUAUGGAUGAAAGUGAUCAGAAGGCCAAGGUUGGGUUGAUGGUUAUGCCUGGCUUUUGGAUUGGGGGUACUGUGAUCCAGUCUCAGGUUUACCUAACAGGUGUGAAGGUGGCUGAGUGACACCGAAGAAUACCUGUAGACUCUUGUCAAAUUGUGCAUUUCUGGUGUGUAUGUACCAUGUUAUCAUGGCUUAUGUAAAAUUUAUACUCUGGUUGUAUUUGCUGUUGUAAUAUCUGUUUGUCUGAGAUGAAAUGUGUUUUCAUUUCCUGCCUUGCAACUCUAGUCAUUUAGCCUGUGGGAGUUCAUGUCAUGCCAAAAUUUGUUUAAUCAUGUGCGGACCAUUUGUAGUUAGAUUUUGCUUGUAAUGUGUCUCUUAUGUUA